UGCUUUGGAUGUCCCUUUAAUAAAAGAUCACAAAUGCCCGGACAGUUUUCUCGCAACUUUGCAAGGUUGUCCUAUCUCUGGCUGAUGUUCAUUCCAAUUAAUAGAGCCUGGGUAAAAAGAGAACAGGGUUUGGAGACCCGGAAUGCCUCUGAGAACAUGCAGAGGGCUUGGGUAACCUUAGCAUCCAUCCUUAAGCUGCAACCGCCAGAAGCGCUCCAUGUUUGCCUUUCAGAAGCCUCUCCAGGAGCCGCCAGGCGCUCCGGCCUCCUUCCUCCAGGCCAUGUCCAUCCUGGUGGGACUGGGUGACAGCCCAUCGGAGAGGAUGACAGCCGACGACAUCGUCCUCCAGACAUGCCAGGUGAUGAAGGGCCUGGAAGCCCUGCGGGGUGAGAACAGGAGCAUCCAUCACCGGCUGCAGGAGGCCCUGCUGAGGGAGCGGCAGCUGCUGAGCGAGAGGGAGGACAUUGCUGCGACAGCCACGGAGGCCCAGGCCCUGGAGCUUCUGGAGGAGAAGCACAACCUCGUCCGCAGGAGCCUGGCAGGCAUUGAGCUGGGCAUUGCAGAAGGCCAGAUGCUGAUUGCCCUGUCCUCGCACAUCGGGGCGCUGGAGGCUGAGCAGCAGAAGCUCCGGGCGCAGGUGGGGCGGCUGGGCCAGGAGAACCUGUGGCUGCGGGACGAGCUGGCCGGGACCCAGCUGCGGCUGCAGCACAGCGCGGAGGCCGUGGCCCAGCUGGAGGAGCAGAACAAGCAUCUGCACUUCCUGCACCAGCUCAGGCACUGCGGCCCCCGGGAGGAGCAGGCAGAGGAGGACGUGGAGGAGAGGAGAGGCGGCCUGUUUCUUGGCACGGAUGAUGACCAGAGGCCAGAGGGGCACAGCCCAAGUGCAGCCGCCUCAGCCGCUCAGCAGGGCGGGUAUGAAAUCCCAGCCCGCCUGCGGACCCUGCACAACCUGGUGAUCCAGUACGCUUCCCAAGGGCGCUAUGAGGUGGCCGUGCCGCUUUGCAAGCAGGCUUUGGAAGAUUUGGAGAAGAGCUCUGGGCACAGCCACCCAGACGUGGCCACCAUGCUCAAUAUCCUUGCCCUGGUCUACCGGGACCAGAACAAGUACAAAGAGGCCACGGAGCUACUCAAUGAUGCCCUAGACAUUCGUGAGCAGGCCCUGGGUGUGGAGCACCCUGCAGUGGCUGCUACCCUGAACAACUUGGCUGUGCUGUACGGCAAGCGGGGCAGGUAUCGGGAUGCUGAGCCGCUGUGCAAGAGAGCCUUGGAGAUCCGCGAGAAGGUGCUGGGCCCCAACCAUCCAGAUGUGGCCAAGCAGCUGAACAACCUGGCCCUCUUGUGCCAAAACCAGGGCAAGUUCGAAGAGGUGGAGUGGUACUACCAGCGGGCCCUUGGCAUCUACCAAACCCAGCUGGGCCCCAAUGACCCCAACGUGGCCAAAACGAAGAACAACCUGGCCUCAUGUUACCUGAAACAGGGCAAGUACCAGCAGGCUGAGGAGCUGUACAAGGAGAUCCUCUCUUCGCAGGACCAGGAGCUGCCCACCCCCAGGGGCGAUUGCAGCCGGACAGGAGCCGGGAGCACCUGGGAAGGGCAGGAGGCAGUGAUGAGGCGCAGCAGCUCCUUUUCCCGGUUCCGGGAGUCCCUCAAGCGCAGCAGCGAAAAGCUGGUCUCCAGGCUCAGGGGGGACGUGGUUGGGCAGCCCAAGGAAGCUCCAGGCCCUGGGAUGACGCGGGCCACAUCCCUCAACACGCUGCAUGUGAACGAGGGUACGGCUGUCACACCCCCAAAGAGUUCCCCCACCAGGAACCGGAGUGCCAGCACCCAGGACCUCGCACACAGCAGCGCCCCCUAGGGCCAGUCUUCGAGCAUGCUGGCCGAGGCCGGGCCACAGCUGGACUGCCUGUCAGUGCCAGCGCUUGACCAGCGCUCCCUGGACUGACUCCUGCGUGCACGGAAAGUCCUUCUUUUGGUGGCUGGGGGGGGGGGGGGAAGUGCCCCAUCCAAUUUGCAGAGGACUAUUUCUCGGGAAGUGGAGCAGCAGCUGCCCAUCCCCAAAGUAUCACAGGGUGGGGGAAGCUCUCCUGCCUUGCUACUGCCUUAAACUCUUUGGGUAGGAGCAGCAGCCUUCCCCCCUCCCCACCCCCAUUCUUAUCCAGCUAGCCCUAUUUAGUCUAUUUAUGCAGUGGAAGCAC